GCAUCUGCUUUGAUUGCUAAAUCUGAUCACCAUGUUUUUGGUUCUUUCAGCCACCACAGAAUUAAGGGACUUUUUUGCCAAAGCCCGAAAUGGUUCAGUUCGGCUCAUCAAGGUCAUCAUUGAGGACGAGCAGCUCGUGCUGGGGGCCCACAAAGAGCUGUCCCGGCGCUGGGAUGCUGACUAUGACCCCUUUGUGCUGCCCUUGCUGGAUGAGCAGCAGCCCUGCUACGUCCUGUACCGCCUGGACAGCCAGAACGCGCAGGGCUACGAGUGGCUCUUCAUCUCCUGGUCCCCUGACAGCUCCCCGGUCCGGCUGAAGAUGCUGUAUGCUGCCACCAGAGCCACGGUGAAGAAGGAGUUUGGAGGGGGGCACAUAAAGGACGAGAUGUUUGGCACAGUGAAGGAGGACGUGUCCCUGAGUGGUUACCAGAAGCACAUGUCCUCCUGCUCUGCCCCAGCCCCGCUGACCGCAGCUGAGCAGGAGCUGCAGCAGAUCCGCAUCAACGAGGUGAAGACGGAGAUCAGCGUGGAGAGCAAGCACCAGACACUGCAGGGCCUGGCCUUCCCCCUGCAGCUGGAUGCCCAGCAAGCCAUCCAGGCUCUCAAGCAGAAGAAAAUCAACUACAUCCAGCUGAAGCUGGAUCUGGAGCGGGAGACCAUCGACCUGGUGCACACAAGCCCCACGGAGAUCUCUGACCUGCCCAAGAGGAUCCCCCAGGACUCUGCUCGCUACCAUUUCUUCCUGUACAAGCACUCACACGAGGGAGAUUACCUGGAGUCUGUUGUCUUUAUCUACUCCAUGCCUGGCUACAAGUGCAGCAUUAAGGAGCGCAUGCUCUACUCCAGCUGCAAGAGCCGGUUGCUGGACACUGUGGAGCAGGAGUUUUGCCUGGAGAUAGCCAAGAAGAUCGAGAUCGACGACGGGGCGGAGCUGACGGCGGAGUUCCUGUACGAGGAGGUGCACCCCAAGCAGCACGCCUUCCGGCAGGCCUUCGCCAAGCCCCGCGGGCCCGUGGGCAAGCGGGGACAGAAGCGGCUGAUCAAGGGCCCGGGCGAGAACGGCGAGGACAGUUAGAUCUGCGGAACGGACACCAUCCAUCCCCACGGCCUCCCCGCCUCCUCUGCGCUGACCUGGGGAUCUUUCCCUCCAUCUCAGCCUUUUUUUUUUUUUUUUU